UUUUAUUUCCUUCAUACGCCCUUUUUUUAAAAAUCAUAUCGUUUUGUACCUCUGCAUUCAAGUUUAACCACAGUGAUCGCCAUGCUGCGUCUCGCAGAACGAAUCGCUUGGAUGACUGCCUAGCCAUCACGACUCGCAGCCUCCUCAGUUGCAUUCAUCACACGGCGUCUGGAGUAAAAGAAAAAAACUCAGCCACUAAUUCAAGAGACAGAAAAGGGGGAUCUAUAAAAACACUCUCCCACGGCGGACCCCAGGUUCAUGCUCAGGAAUAUUCGAUCCCAGCGGUUGUGACCAAAGCGUGGUUUGCUACAGAAUGGGAUACACAAACAAAACCGUGAGAGGCUGCGCUCUCCUGCUGUGGAUCGGUACUCUGCUGCUUCUGACGGAGGGCAGGAGACCGAAGCAGCCCAAAUGCCCCGCAUCUUGCACAUGCACCAAAGAUAAUGCCUUAUGUGAAAACAUACGAUCGGUUCCCCACAGUUUCCCACCUGACGUGGUGUCACUAUCUUUUGUGAAAUCGGGAUUCACAGAGAUUGCUGGGGGAAGCUUCUUGCACACGCCUGCUUUACAGCUCCUCUUAUUCACAGCCAACACAUUUGACUCAAUUGAUGAAGAUGCAUUCCUGGGAUUGCCUCAUCUUGAAUACUUGUUCAUUGAAAACAACAAAAUUGAUUCAAUAUCGCCUUUUGCAUUCCGUGGACUGAAGUCGUUAACACACCUGAGCCUUGCCUUCAAUAACCUAGAGUCACUGCCGAAAGAUGUGUUCAAGGGUAUGGAUGCCUUAACAAAAGUGGACCUGAGAGGAAACCUGUUUCACUGUGAGUGCAAGCUCAAAUGGCUGGUGGAGUGGAUGCACAGCACAAAUGCCACAGUGGAUCAGAUCUUCUGCGCAGGGCCUCCCCUCUACAAAGAGAAAAAGAUCAAUGACCUCGUACCCCAGUCAUUUGACUGUAUCACAGCAGAGUUUGCCUCGCACCAGGCUCUUAGAUUUGAAUCCAUUUCCGUGGAGGCCUUCAUGUUUGGAAAUGAUCAAUAUGUUGUGUUUGCUCAACCCUUCACUGGAACAUGCAGUUUCCUGGAAUGGGACCAUGUAGAAAUGUUCUUCCGGACAUAUGACAGCAUUGAGAGCACAUCCACAGUUGUGUGCAAACCCUUAGUUAUCGACAACCAGCUCUUCAUCAUCGUGGCCCAGCUGUUUGGCGGUUCCCACAUCUACAAGCGAGACGUCUCAGCCAACAAGUUCAUUAAGAUCCAGGACAUCGACAUCCUGAAGAUCCGCAAGCCCAAUGACAUCGAGACCUUCCGCAUCGACGGCGAGUCCUUCUUCGUGAUUGCCGACAGCUCCAAGGCCGGCUCCACCACUGUCUACAAGUGGAACGGCAACGGCUUCUACUCCCACCAGUCACUCCACCCGUGGUACCGUGACACCGACGUAGAGUACCUGGACAUCGUGAGCAAACCGCAUCUGAUCCUCUCCAGCAGUUCCCAGCGGCCCGUCAUCUACCAGUGGAACAAGGGCCUGAAGCAGUUUGACCGACGCACCGACAUCCCGGAGAUGGAGGACGUAUACGCUGUGAAGCACUUCCAUGUCAAGAGCGACCUCUACAUCUGCCUAACGCGUUUCAUUGGCGACUCCAAGGUCAUGCGCUGGGAUGGCAACAUGUUUGUGGAGCUGCAGACCAUGCCUUCUCGAGGCUCCAUGGUCUUCCAGCCCGUGGUCAUCGGCAGCUGGCAGUACGCCAUCCUGGGCAGCGACUACUCCCUCACACAGGUCUACCAGUGGGACUCUAAGAAGGGCCAGUUUGUCCACUUCCAGGAGCUGAACAUCCAGGCCCCCCGGGCCUUUGCCUUGGUGUCCAUUGACAACAAGGAGUUCCUGUUGGCGUCCAGCUUUAAAGGGAAAAGCCAGAUUUAUGAGCAUCUGAUCAUAGAUCUGAGUAACUGAUGUUGGGGGUGUCGACUCACAAGACAGGCUAUGAGCAGAAGUGGAGGACAAAAUGCAGUAACCGACAAAUACUGACAGAGACAGACUAAGUGCAUGAUAUAGCCCGCGCUAAUAAAAAAAAACAGCCCCCCUCAGAUGAAUGCCUUGCUAGAAACAUCCUUUGUAUCCUUCUCUGUUGUCACCAACCGUUCUGCACUUUUCACUUUUCCUCUUUUCUCUCCUUUAAACAAAAGCCAUUGUCUGUGUAUUCUCUAAAAUUACGAGCUCCCCAAACAUGUGCUAGAAUUGUUUACUGAGGAUUUAAAUAAAGAAACAAAACGUUUAAAUCUUUUCAUUAACCCUUAACUUAAAAUCAAUUGCCAAAUAAAAUGUUUACAGUUUUUACAAUGAAUAAAGUAAUUUAUAGCAACCACUUUUGUAUGACAUCAAGGGACCAUUUUAGAAGAGAAAAACACAAUAUGUGAUGUUACAUUUUAAAAAGCCUUUUAAAUACAUAACCCUUGAAAAGCAAUAGCUUACAUAACAGAAAUGUAAUUUAGUAAUUGUGUUCUCAGAACUAGCCACGUGUGAGGGUUUUAAUUUGUGAUCUUGUUUGUUUGUAAAUUGUGCAUAGCGCUAAUAAACUUCUUCAGUAAAAUCACAAUAGCAGUUCUUCUCUCUCUACGCAAUGUAGGAUAGACCACGUAAUGAAAAGGUUGCAUUAUGAUU